GGUGGUGGCCUGGCUCUCGCCCAAAAAGUGGAUCAAUUCAAUAUACACGUAAGGCUGCUGAGUGGUUGACCCAGCUUGACUUGUUGAGUGUCAUACUCUCCGCUCCAGCAUGCAAGGCAUGGCGGCCGGGCCAUACUUAGAACUUACUCACGCAGACGAGACGACCUGCGUAGCUAGCUGAUCGAGCAACCACGCGCACUCUCGUCAGUCGUCAAGCAGAAGACCGACGAUGGGCCUGCUCGACGGCGGCGGUGGCGGCGGCGGCGUAGCUAGCUACAACGAGAGCUGCGGGGUAACUAGCGGGCUGGUGUGGAACCUGACCUCGUCCUACGCCGACCAGAGCAACGAGGCCUCCAUGGUGUUCGCCACCGUCAUCAUGUUCCUCCUCGCAGCGCUCUUCUUCAACCUCAACCUCUUCAGCGGCCUCUCCGACGCCAGCGCCAUCCUCGACCCCAAGGUCCGCAUCGUGCUCGCCAAGGCGCUCUCCCUCUUCCUCCCCGUCAUGUCCUACCUCUUCUCCGAGGCCAAGAACGCCGGCCUCGCCUGCGGGGGCUCCGCGUCCGCGGCCGUGAGCGGCGCCGGCGCCGGCAGCCCGCCAGAGCUCCCUCUGCGUGCCCGGCUCAUCCUCACCUGGAUGAUCCUCGUCGAGCUCCUCCGCAACAAGGUGGAGGAGAUCCACAUGCAGGAGGGCGUCUGGCACACCGGCAUCGUGGAGCGCGCCGGCCGCGUCGUGUGGCUCGGCAGCCUCGUCUUCUUCAACCUCCGUGGCGCCGGGAGGAAGUCCGUGUUCGGCAUCCUCUGGCUCCUCUGCGUGGCCAAGCUGGCGCAGAGGGUCACUUUCACCUUGGUGGGGAAGAACUCCUUGGCCCACGGCAAGAACCCGCGGCUCAUCAUCUCCUACAUGGCUCGAAUGCUUCACAAUAAUCAUCAUGAGCAGCAACAUGGAGACGGAGCCGAUGGACUACUGAAGAAUUGUCGGUACGCCGUGAUGGGAGAAGACAAGCUGGUGACUGGCCUGGCCCCGACUGGCUGCAGCCUCGCCGACGACGCCAACGGCGUCACCACCACGACCGUGGGGAAAAUCUGGCAGCUUGCAGAUUCCGACCCCUUCCUUGCCUCCAUCGACCAGGAUCGGCGGCUGAGGAGGCUCUGCCUCUCCGUCGCGCUCUUCAAACUCCUACGCCGGAGCUUCGAGCACCUGCCGCCGAUGAGCGAGGCCGAGACCCGCGACUGCCGGGACCUCAUCUUCCAAGGCUUGUACAACAACAGGAGCAAUGGCGGCCAAGACGACAAAGCAGAGGAGCUGUUCCAGGUGAUGAACGACGAGACCAUCUUCCUGAGCGAGUACUACCACUCCGUGGUACCCGUGGCACUGGCGAGCCCCUUCUUCCUGCUGGUCAACUACCUCGUCCUCCCCUUCAUCGUGCUGGUCCUGUGCCUCGUCAUGGUCGUCCUCUGCGGCAACGGCGACGUGCUCUUCGCCUUCCGCAGCAUGGAGAGCGACAACUACAGCAUCUCCUUGGGGGUGGCCAGGAUGGCGGGGUGCCUCCUAAGGCGGGUCGCCACGUCGCCGUCGGUCUUCUUCUCCACCAUCGACUUCUCCAUCACCUUGCUGCUCAUCCUCGUGCUGGUGUACGAGCAGGCGUGGGAGCUGGUGGUGUUCCUCUUCUCCAACUGGUUCCUCGUGUCCCUGCUGCACGGGUACGCCGCCAAGCUCCACUGGCGGGGCAGCGCCGUCUUCAGCUGGGCAAUCCGCCGAAUACUCUGGGUGCGCGGCAAGAUGAGUCACCCGGACCUCACCAUGAAGCAGCUCUUCGCGCUGAGGUCCUGCCGGUGCCGGCUCUCCCUGAUGCUGCCGGCCACCGUAUCGCAAUCCCUGCCGAUCCUGCCGACAAUCGCGGUGCCCAAGGAGGUGAAGCGUUCCAUCGCGGAGUACAUCGCGACCUCGCUGUACGAUCCCGACAACAUUGGUGGCCGCGGGCGUGCUCUGAGCAACGGCAAGCUCGCGGUCGCCGGGCACCGGGAGCUCCGGCGUGCGUGCGAGAACGAGAGCGUCGCCGAGGUGAUCCUGGCGUGGCACGUGGCCACCUGCCUCUUCGAGGAGAGGCGCCCGCCUUGCCCGAAGGAAGAAGAAGGCACGGCCUCGGCGCGCGUCGUGGCGACGACUCUGUCCAAGUACUGCGCCUACCUGGUGGCCUACCACCCGGAGCUCCUCCCGGACAGCCAGGAGUACACGGAGAGCGUCUUCGAGGCCAUGGAGAUCGAGCUGAGGAGCACGGUGGGUUUCUGGAGCUACUACCUGCCAGACAUCGUGGGCGCCAGGCACGAGAAGGUCAGGAGCCUGGCGGAGAAGCUGGGCGAGGCGCUGGAGCUGGUGGGGAUGACGGUGCUGCAGAGGGGGGCCAGCCUGGGGCGCGCGCUGGAGGAGGAAGACGAAUGCGGCGGCGAGGGGAUGUGGAAGGUGCUGGCGGAUCUGUGGGUGCAGCUGCUGGUGUACGUGGCGCCGUCGGGGGACGAGGAGCGCGUGAUGGGGCACGCCAAGGUGCUGCCGGAGGGCGGCGAGUUCGUCACCGUGCUCUGGGCGCUGGCCACGCACACCGGGAUGCGCCGUGCGCCCGUUGCGCUUGCGCCGCCGGUGGAUGUAGAGAUGGAGCACGUUUAGGAGUAGCUUAAUUAGCUACUCGUGGCUCUUGUGUGCUGUUUGUUUGGUGUGUUCGACAUUUCCGUGGGUUCGUUGUAGAUGAACAAGUUUAAUUGUACCGAAAAGCUGUGUAAUCAGAAUGAUUUGCCUGCCUACCUAUGUGAUCCGACCCUUUACUA